CCCCCACCCCCCAGCCCGCUCAGCUGACGCCGGAGUUCACGUGACGCUCGUGCCGGGCGAACAUGGCGGCGGCGGCGGCAGGACCUUCGUUCUGGCUGGGAAACGAGACCCUGAAGGUGCCACUGGCCCUGUUUGGCCUGAACCGGCGGCGCCUGUGCGAGCGGCUGCGGAAGAACGUGGCGGUGCCAGCCGGCUCGGUGGUGCUGCUGCAGGGCGGCGAGGAGACGCAGCGCUACUGCACGGACACCGGGGUCCUCUUCCGCCAGGAGUCCUUCUUUCACUGGGCGUUCGGCGUCACCGAGUCAGGCUGCUACGGCGUGGUGGACGUUGACUCGGGCAAGUCAACCCUGUUCGUGCCCAAGCUUCCUGCCAGCUAUGCCACCUGGAUGGGGAAGAUCCAUUCCAGGGAGCACUUCAAGGAGAAGUAUGCUGUGGAUGACGUCCAGUACGCAGAUGAGAUUGCCAGUGUCCUCACGGCCCGGAGCCCCUCUACCCUCCUUACUUUGCGCGGCGUCAACACGGACAGCGGCAGCAUCUGCAAGGAGGCGUCCUUCGAGGGCAUCAGCAACUUCACUGUCAACAACACCAUCCUCCAUCCGGAGAUCGUGGAGUGCCGAGUGUUUAAAACGGACAUGGAGCUGGAGGUUUUGCGCUACACCAAUAGGAUCUCCAGCGAGGCCCACCAAGAGGUAAUGAAGGCUGUAAAAGUGGGAAUGAAAGAAUAUGAGAUGGAAAGCCUCUUUGAGCACUACUGCUACUCCCAGGGCGGCAUGCGCCAUAGCUCCUACACCUGCAUCUGCGGCAGUGGCGAGAACUCCGCUGUGCUGCACUAUGGGCACGCUGGGGCCCCCAACGACCGCACAAUCCGCGAUGGAGACAUGUGCCUCUUCGACAUGGGCGGCGAGUACUACUGCUUCGCCUCCGACAUCACGUGCUCCUUUCCCGCCAACGGCAAGUUCACUGCGGACCAGCAGGCCAUCUACGAGGCCGUGCUGCGGAGCUGCCGCGCCGUCAUGAGCGCCAUGAAGCCAGGUGUCUGGUGGCCUGACAUGCACCGCCUGGCCGACCGCAUCCACCUGGAGGAGCUGACCCGCAUCGGCAUCCUGAGCGGCAGUGUGGACGCCAUGGCCCAGGCCCACCUGGGAGCUGUGUUCAUGCCCCACGGGCUUGGCCACUUCCUGGGCAUUGACGUGCACGACGUGGGCGGCUACCCUGAGGGCAUGGAGCGCAUCGACAAGCCCGGCCUGCGCAGCCUGCGCACCGCCCGGCACCUGGAGCCGGGCAUGGUGCUCACCGUGGAGCCGGGCAUCUAUUUCAUCGACCACCUCCUGGACGAGGCCCUGGCGGACCCAGCCCGUGCCUGCUUCUUUAACCGCGAGGUCCUCCAGCGCUUUCGUGGCUUUGGUGGGGUCCGAAUCGAGGAGGACGUUGCGGUGACCGACAGUGGCAUGGAGCUGCUGACUUGUGUGCCCCGCACUGUGGAGGAAAUCGAAGCGUGCAUGGCAGGCCAGGCCAAGACCUUCACCCCCUUCCCUGGCCCAAAGUAGAGCCAGCCAGGGGUGCCCAGCGGGACUGGGGCCCGGCCUCGCAACCUCUCUUGACGAGGGUCAGCUGCCGAUUGCUGGCCUUUCAGUAGAGAGGCGGUGCUCAGACAUCCCGGCUUCAACAUCUGAUCCUGCCACACAGUGCUGUUUCCAAGGGGAAAGCUCUUCUUCAUUAAUAUUCUGCAAGAUCCCUUUACUUAAAUAAUGACUUUUAAAACUGAUUGAAAAUGAUCCUCUUUUUCCAGCAAUUAAGACAUGCUUUCCCCUCUUUUGUAUUCUUUUUCCCAGGAAAGAUACAUUUCCAGGGUUUUCUCUCAACAAUCAAUAUGCGGAAUGGAAUUUGCAAUAAAAGCCUUCCUGAAAUGGCUCCUGAUG